AUGAAAUAUCAAAUUCCAAAUGGUUUAGGCACUGGUAUUUCAUUACCACCAAUAUUUGCAAACACUUUAAAUGGUGAUUUGGCAAUUAAUGCAAUUGUAAAUGGAAAAGAAAAUAAUUGGAUUGUAAUUUUCAAUGGGUAUUAUUUAUUAUCAAUUUAUAAAGAAUCAAUUUCAUUAUAUCCACGUAAAUCAAUGGAUUUAAAUACAAACUUUGUACUUAGGAAAAUUGAUGAAAAAAUCGAUAGUGUUUCAUUCCAAUUAUCAAUUCCUCAUUUAAACUUUGUUAUUAACUUUUCAAAGUUGUUGAGAUUUUCAUUGACAAGAGGUAAUCAAUUUGGUAAUGAAAAAUCAAGUCAUGAACAGUGUUUUCAAUUAGUUACACCAGAAGUAACAUGGUUUUUUAAAUCUCAAGAUCAUUUUGAAUGGGUUAGUAGAUUAUCACCUGAAUAUCAAACUUAUUCUCAACCAUCAUCUUUGAUUAAAGAUCAAGUAAUAUUAGGUAAAGUUGAUUCAAGAGGUGUUCAUUUAAAUGAUGAAUCUCCAAUUAUUGAAACUAGAACCAUUCCAACCAUCCAAGUAGUAGAAAAACAAGAAGAACGAGAAGUAGUAGAUCAAGAAGAUCAAGAAAAGCAAGAAGAAGAACAAGAAGAAGAAGAACGAGAAGUAGAAGAAAACCAAGUAGAAAAAGAAGAAGAAGAACAAGAAGAAGAAGAAACAAUUCUUGAAUCUCCAGAACCAAUUGUUGAUCAUGAAAAUCAUUUGAAUGAUUCACCAAAAAGUUUAAAACAAUUACUUGAAGACGAACCUGAAAACCAAAAAGAGGAUAGUUUUUCAGAGGGUAUCAAUCAACAGCAAUCAAAUGACCAUUUUCGAUUAGAUCAACAAUUAAUUAAAAAUGAACAAAAAGAAAACCAAGAUACCUUCUAUGAUCAACACUCCAAUUAA